ACCCCGCCCUGUGCCACGCUGCACUCCGCUUCCGACUGUCGGCUGUGCCCAGUGCACUCGCGAUAUUAAAACCAGUUAUAAUGUAAAACUAUUGCUAUUGUGAUAAACGAACAACUACAAAUAACAAAACAAUAACAAGAUAGUGAAAAUAAUAGUAUAAAGCCAACUUACUAUCGAGUGAAUGAACUAAAAAGUUGACAACGUGGUAACGCUGCAGUCGAACACGAAUUCAUAUGAAGAUACUAAUGGAACUGAGCCUCACAACGGGCUGUGACACUUUCUCAACUUGUCAAAUAGCUACCAUUCAAAAUUCCUCCCUACCCCAUCCACGUACCGGCGAGGACCAUACAAGAUAAUGCGUCGGUUUCUCCCGCAUUGAUAACCGGCAAAUUUCCAGAAUAUGAGGGUGCAAUGACUGCUAACACUACUGAUGAAUUAUGCAAGAUAUGUGACGGACGAAUCGAGUGUGCGCCGACGGCUAUCCUCCUGAUAUCGUUGGUACACACUCUGUAUGGCCACAUCGGGCCUGAGCCGGACUACUUCGGCAAGAACAAGAGACAAAUCCUCAAACAGACCGAGGAAGAUGCGAAGAUUCCUUACAAGCACUUCACAUACUUCAAUCAGUUCCCUGAGGAGCACGGCAAGAGGAAAGUCGGCGCCACCGGUGCCGAGCUGGAUAGUGACUAUGACUUCAUCGUGGUGGGCGGCGGCACGGCCGGCUGUGUGCUGGCGAGCAGACUCUCGGAGAAUAGGAAAUGGAAGGUGCUGAUGAUCGAAGCAGGUCCCGAGGAACCUAAGAUGGCGUUGAUACCAGGUCUCACGAGCGAGUUCAAAGGUUCUAACAUAGACUGGCAGUACUCCAUGCGCCCUAAGAAGGGGUUCUGUCAGAAUCGAGGUGAUAGAGGCUGUGAGGUAGUCCAGGGCAGAGUACUCGGAGGCACCUCCUCUAUUAAUGACAUGGCAUACAUGAGAGGCAGUCCGGCGGACUACGAUGAGUGGGCUAUCAAUGGUAACGACGGUUGGUCCUACAGCGAGGUCCUGCCUUACUUUAAAUAUUCAGAAGGAAAUUACGACAAGGACAUUUCAAAAAACAAGUUUUUUCAUUCAACACAAGGUCCGCUCGAUGUCGGGCGAUAUCCUUACGUCGACGAUAACGUGGAUGUACUACUGAGCGCACUCAAUGAACUAGGAUAUAACUACACAGAUGUAAAUGGUAGACAUCAGCUGGGGUUCAUGCGGAUACAGACAACAUCAUACUUUGGCGAAAGAGUCAGUGCAUUUACAGCUUUCAUCGAACCUAUUAGAAAGUUAAGAUCAAAUUUAGAAAUACUGCCAGAAGCUUUAGUUACUAAAAUACUAUUUGACGAUAACAGAGAGACAAUAAGAGCUCUCGGUGUAGAAUAUAUAAAAAAUGGUACAAGAGUUCGUGCGAAAGCUGCGAAGGAAAUUAUUUUAUCUGCCGGAGCUAUUAACAGCCCCAAGAUUCUGAUGCAAUCGGGGAUAGGACCUAAAGAGUACUUAGAAUAUUUAGACAUGAAAGUAAUAUAUGACUUACCAGUUGGAGGAAACUUUCAUGAUCAUUUGUCAGUGUGUCUGCCAGUAAUAAAACUGACGAAAACAACCACAACAUCAAAGUUUCCUGAGAAAUUAAAAGACAUUACUACUUACUACUCCAAGGGCGUUGGUCCUCUAUCAGCCAAUUUUCAAGUUGUAGCAUUCUUGGAAACUACAAUUUCAGACAUUUUAGGGACGCCUGACAUUGAAGUGAGAUUUAAAGGUCACGACUCAAACAUGUAUUAUGAUAAAAUUGAAAUGUGUGUAUCUUUAUUGACACCAAAAAGUCGCGGACAGGUAGUCCUGAAUGCUACAGAUCCUCUCUUUGGAAAACCUUUGAUUUACCCAAAUUUUCUUAAAGAUCCUUCCGAUGAGAAGAAAUUGUUAGAAGGUAUUCAAGAGAUCGUGAAAUUAUUUGACACAGAAGUUUUCAAGAGUGCGGAGUAUGCAUUUGAUCCUCGUCCUAUAUUGAAUAACGAUUGCAAGGAUCACGACCGAGUAUCGGAAGACUUUUGGCUAUGUAUUAUCAAACAUUUCUCAACUCCUCUGCACAAUUACGCGGGGACUUGCAAGAUGGGGACGUCCAAGGAUCCUGAUUCAGUGGUAGAUAAAAGCUUAAGAGUUUAUGGAAUCAACAAUUUGAGAGUCGUGGAUGCAUCGAUCAUGCCGAAAAUAACCCGCGGAUCUACCGCGGCGCCUGUUAUAAUGAUAGCUGAAAAAGCCAGUGAUAUAAUAAAAACUACUUGGUAUUAAUAAAAUAU